AUGACCUCCAAAGAUAAACCAAAACAAACCUUGCUUAAGUGGUCUACUGGCCACCCCGUUCCAUCUGUUGCUGCAUCAAAAGCUUCACUUGAACUUCAUCAUAUUCAAGGAAAGAGAGGAAUUUGGUUUUGUGGAGCAUAUCAGGGUUAUGGCUUCCAUGAGGAUGGAUUGAAGGUCUCUUCAAGAAUUUAUAGUUUGAGAGUAAGGUUUCAUUUGCUGGCUGGAAUGGCAGCUGCACAUGGUAUACUUGGAGAAAGUUGUGCCCUUCACAGCAACCCAAAACACAUGGUAACUUCUUUGAUGGAAAUAGGAGCAUGCCUAUUCAUUACUAGAUUUCUUGGAUACUAUGUCUCUACUGGAUGUUUGAUGUGAGUCUUCACUUGUAAUAGAAACUAUACCUACUAGUCCAACAGUUGAUAAAUCCCAUAUCUUUGUGUAGAAUUCUUACUCUUUUUUGCAAACUUUGGUGUUUUGUCUUUCAAGUUAAUUUUCAUAUCUUACCAGUGUGUUUGAUAUGAAGUAUUUAUGUUGUCGCAGUUUAUUAGAGGAAGGGGGAAUAGUAUUCACCUUUGCCGG